GCGUAACGCAUCAUGUGAUGUAAUACGGUUACCCAUCGAUUUAAUUACAAGUGCAGCGGCAUGCUCGAGUAAGUCGGUAUUUGCAUAUGGAUUAGGGUGUGCGUGUUUUUCCCUGGGAAGCGCGGAGCUGUCCCAAACUGAUGGAUGCUGUCGCUGCUGCCGCGUGAACCGGUGAUGCUGCUGCGCUCGAGCCGCUGAGCUUUCUCUCUCUCUCUCGCUCGUUCGCUUGCUCGCUCUCUUUCCCUUUCACAAACACUCUCUCUCCAUCCUCUCCCUCCUCCUCGCUCCUCUCCUCCACACGCACAAAACGCUCUGUCAUGGCGUCUUCCAACCAUGUUACCCCUACCAACUGUAGCUGGUGGCCCAUCUCAGCCAUGGAUGAAGACGGCAAAAUCACAGACGGGGAGGAGUGCGAAGAACCGGCGGCAGAGCCCAAACCCUUCAACAAAGACAGGCUCGUUUUGUACCACUGGACGCAAUCUUUCACCUCCCAAAAGGUACGGCUCGUCAUUAAUGAGAAAGGUCUGGUCUGUGAGGAGAGGGAUGUGAGCUUGCCACUGCAGGAGCACAAGGAGCCCUGGUUCAUGAGGCUGAACCUGGGCGAGGAGGUGCCCGUCUUCCUCCACGGAGACACCAUCAUUAGUGAUUACAACCAGAUUAUAGAUUACAUGGAGAAAACCUUUGUGGGAGACACAGUGGCUCAGCUGAUCCCUGACGCAGACUCGCCUCUCUACGAUCGUGUGCAGCAGUACCGUCAGCUACUGGAUGGUCUGCCCAUGGAUGCGUACACACAUGGCUGCAUCCUUCAUCCAGAGCUCACGACUGACUCUAUGAUCCCAAAGUACGCCACAGCAGAAAUACGUAGACAUCUGGCCAACGCUGCGACAGAGCUGAUGAAGCUGGACCAUGAGGAGCCUCAGCUGACAGAACCGUACCUCUCCAAACAGAAGAAGCUAAUGGCAAAAAUCUUGGACCAUGAUAAUGUGAACUACCUGAAGAAAAUUCUGGGAGAGUUAGCCAUGGUUUUAGAUCAAGUGGAAGCUGAACUGGAGAAAAGAAAACUAGAGUAUCAAGGCCAAAAGUGUGAGUUGUGGCUUUGUGGACCUGAAUUUACACUAGCUGACAUCUGCCUCGGAGCCUUGUUGCACAGGCUCAAGUUCUUGGGACUUUCUAAGAAAUACUGGGAGGACGGCAGCCGGCCCAACCUGCAGUCUUUUUUUGUGCGUGUGCAAAAACGCUACGCUUUUCGAAAGGUCUUGGGUGACAUCCACACGACCCUCCUGUCGGCAGUCCUACCCAACGCCUUCCGGAUGGUAAAAAAGAAGCCGCCGUCCUUCUUCGGGGCCUCUUUUCUCAUGGGUUCACUGGGCGGGAUGGGCUACUUUGCCUACUGGUAUUUAAAAAAGAAAUACAUGUAGUGAAUGC